GGCUGCACGACGGACCAAAGUCGCCAUUUUUGUGUUUGAGAGAGAACAAUACCUCCGACUCCGAGUUGUAGCCUUUUUAAGUUACCGUCGUAGACAUUAAACCGGCAUAUCUGAAAUCCGAAACCAGAAGAAGAUGGCGAUCGAUUCGAUGGAGAGAGUUAAAGAUUUCCGAUGAGGAGAUAUUGUGAUCAAUCACCUUUUAUACCAUUCUGAUUGGGCACAAGUUUAACGACGAGGGCAAAAGGGUCAAAUCACGACCACUAUUCGAGUCCAGAAGCGAGCACUGCAGGGCGAAGGUAGCCACCAUACCAUGCGUUCGACCGAGGAUAAUCAUUUGGAACGAAUUAGGGCUCCUGGUAGCAUUGCGGAGGAAGCAAUGGUGUGUAGGCUAUGCGACAUGAGACGUGACCAUUGGACAUCAAGAUGUCCUCAGAAGGAUCUCUUAUCCUUAAUGGAAACGCCAUUAACGGCAGAAGCUUCUACAUCGACUGCAGCUGAAAAGGCCGCUUAUGUGCCGCCAAGCAGGAGACCAGGUGCAAAGAUAUGUUUUACUAAUUCAGACAGGAGAAGGAGGAACGAUGAGAACACUGUCCGUGUGACUAACUUGUCUGAAUACGCCCGUGAACCGGAUCUGAUGGAGUUGUUCUGUCCGUUUGGUGCUGUCCGAGCCUAUGUGGCCAUUGACCAGAAGACGACCAUGAGCAAGGGAUUUGGUUUUGUCAGUUUUGCAAGUAGGGAAGAUGCACAGCGUGCAAUCAACGGAUUGAAUGGAUUUGGUUAUGAUAACCUCAUCCUUAGGGUUGAAUGGGCAGCUCCAUUUUUAUAGGUUUCUUUUCUUUUUGAUGAUGCUCGAUGACUCAAUGCAUAGGAGAAAAUCUACACUCUACAUUUUUAGUCUCUGGUUAGAAUUUUUUAUUCUCUGGUUGCAUUUCUUUUUGGUUGUAAAUUCGUGUUUGCCAUUAUUCAUUUUUGUCAUUUUAUAUGGCAUUGU